AUGAAUACACAAGUGAAUAAUCAGAGCUUCAAGCUCGAGAAUGUUUUCAACGUUCGAGAUAAAGUCGCUCUUGUGACUGGCGGUGGGUCAGGGAUUGGUUUGAUGGCCACUCAAUCACUCGCUGUCAACGGUGCCAAAGUGUACAUCACCGGUCGCACGGGUGAGAAACUGGAGCGGGUGGCAGAGCUAUACGGCAAGGAUAUCCCGGGCAAAAUUAUCCCGAUCACAGCCGAUAUUACCUCCAAAGAGCAGAUCAACAAGCUUGUCGAUGUGAUUUCUUCCAAGGAAUCCAAGUUGCACAUUUUGAUCAACAAUGCUGGUAUUAGCUCCACGAGUUACGAAACGGAGCUAGAGGACCCAAAAGCGCUUCAAAAAGAGCUCUUCCACAACGAUAGCACAACAGUUGAAGAAUGGGACGAUGUGAUGAGAACAAAUGUUACACAGCUAUUUCUUACAACGUCCGCUUUCCUGCCUUUACUAAGUAAGGGCACGGAGAGCGAGCGUGGCUGGUCUAGCACUGUGGUAAAUAUCUCUUCCAUAUCAGGGAUCCUCAGGACUGCUCAGCAUCAUUUCGCCUACAACGCUAGUAAAGCAGCUGCAAUCCAUUUAACAAAGAUGCUUGCAUACGAAAUAUUCUCCUCGAAUAUCAAAAUCCGCGUCAACAACAUCGCGCCCGGUGUCUUUCCGUCCGAGAUGACAGCCAAGGAUAGUGAUGAGAAUCAAAAAAGCUCAAUCCCGAAAGAGAAAUACGAGGGUAAAGUAGCUGCCCAACGCCCUGGAAAGGAUGAGGAUAUGGCAGGGGCCAUUCUAUUCACUGUUUCGAACCAAUACCUGAAUGGACAGACUAUUGUUGUUGACGGUGGCUAUGUGCUGGCCGCUGGAAGUGUCUGA